CCGAUCAGCUCCUUUUUCUCCUUAUUCUGCUACUUUGCCAUUAAUGGGAGGAGCAGGGGAUCAUGACGAAACCUGGUCGUGUGGAAUUGAUCUUGGUAGUGAUUUUGCCUACUGCUUAGGGUUUGACCAAGAUAUCAAGCCAGAUGGUACAGAAACCCCUGUUGGUCAUCUCUCGCGAAGAGGUUCUGUUCAUUCUUCUUCAGGAGACAGUACUCAAUCAGAAGACUCAAGGCCAGCUUCACCCAACGACUACCACCACGACGUGAUACCUGGAUUUGUUUUCGAGAGCCUAACACCCGAAGAAGCUCCGACUACAAAGAAGAAGAAAAAGAAGAAGAAGGAGGAGAAAGAAUAGGUGUAUGUUUCGUACACUAAGACAACUCUUCUUUUUUUCCUAUAUUUUUUUAUCUCACCGACUCUGAAAUCUCCUCCUUCUCUACAUGCUUAUUAUUCACUACCUAUCAAUUCACACAAACAUUCUACAACUGCCAAGAUGGAUUGUUAUUCUUUAAAUGUAUAUUCAGACAAAGCAGGCUUGUGUGUUGAUAUGUUUAUCGUAUUUGUACAAAAUCUUGCCAAAAUGGCCUUCUUAUCAUCUUUCAACGCUCUAAAAAAAAAUUUGAAUAUCAUAAAAAGAAGUCCUUGUCAAUGUUCCU